ACUAGCCCUGUAUGAAUUCAGUCCGCUACUGAUUUCUGAGAGAUUGAAUCGGAAACAACAUCAUGCCUGAACCAGCAAAGUCCGCGCCGAAGAAAGGCUCCAAGAAGGCCGUCACUAAGACCGCUGCGAAAGGAGGAAAGAAGCGCAGAAAGUCCAGGAAGGAGAGCUACGCCAUCUACGUGUACAAAGUGCUGAAGCAGGUUCAUCCUGACACCGGGAUCUCUUCGAAGGCGAUGGGCAUCAUGAACUCUUUCGUCAACGACAUCUUCGAGCGCAUCGCCGGUGAGUCGUCUCGUCUCGCUCACUACAACAAGCGCUCCACCAUCACUUCCCGAGAGAUCCAGACCGCCGUGCGUCUGCUGCUGCCCGGGGAGCUGGCCAAACACGCCGUGUCCGAGGGCACCAAGGCCGUCACCAAGUACACCAGCUCCAAGUAGAGCAGUCCGACCCCGAGACACACCCCAAAGGCUCUUUUAAGAGCCACCCAUCCACUCACUCGAAGAGCUAUUUUACUUUUAUCUUCCAGUCAUAGAUGAAGUGAAGAUGACCUAAACCGUCUGUUACUUUUGUAAUCAUUCUACAGAAACCUCCACUUUCGCUAUGGCAGAUAGUGAUGGGAAGUCACUAUCUGCUCCGCUCCCAAAGAAGAGCCAGCUCUAUCGACUCCUGAAUGGCUUUUAAUUUAGGAUUUUUUUUUUUUUUUU